CCGAAAUGAUUGGUCAAAACAUCAAUACAGAAGGUACCUGCAUGGGGGAACACCCAAGGGGAUGGUCAGUGACCAGGCUAAAUUUUACUGACAUGCAUUACAUUAAUAUUGGCCUCCCCUCAUACUCUCACCAGCCAUACUCAUCUCCAUCUCUGCUUCAGACUGUUUGUGCUAUCUUGUGUGCUCUACUACCUACUCAUCACUUCAGAGUGAUUCCUAAAGACAGUUGUCUAUUUGACUAUUUACACACUCACUCUCGUGCAAUACACCACAGCAACCAAACCACACAGAGAAAAAGAGAGCCCACAGUCUGACAUAAUGGCGGCGCCACCACCCUCCUAUACCAAGGUCACUCACUCUGCCACGUAUGCCAGCAUCAAUCCAACUCAGCCCGGCCUGUCCACUGCGGGCAAGGUUGUGCUGAUCACUGGCGCAUCUGGCGGCAUCGGCCGGGCCACCGCCGCAUCCUUUGCUGCAUCGCGUCCCCGAGCUCUCAUCCUCUUCGGCCGACGCGCCGACGCCCUGGCGGAAACCGCCACGGCUGUUCGAGCCGGCCACGCAGAGGUGACCAUUCAAACUCACACGGCUGAUCUGUGCGAUGCUUCGGGCGUACGCGAUGCCAUGAACAAGGUGGCUGCCGAGUUUGGCGGUAUCGACAUCCUCGUCCACUGUGCCGGCUCACUGGCCCCCGUGGUUCCCCUUCUGCAAGCCGAUCCGGCUACUUUUAUGGACGGCUACAAGACUACUGUUGUCGGUACGCUGGUGACGGCACAGGCUGUCGUCCUGGCAAACAAGACGGUCAGCGCCAACACGGACAAGCCAGUCACCUUUAUCAAUCUGACAACAGCCGGCAUCCUAUUCCCCCCUUUUCCCGGCAUGGGCGCCUACAGGAGCAGCAAGAUGGCCGCCGUCAAGCUCUUAGACUCCUUUGCCGCCGAGAACCCGCAAGUGCGUCUUCACAAUGUGCAUCCCGGACUCCUCCAAACGGCCAUGUCUGCCAAGCUAGCUGAGACGAUAAAAUUGCCAUAUGACUAUGAUGACAUCUCCCUUCCCGCCGAUUUCCUCGUCUGGAUUGCCUCCCCCGAAGCAGAGUUUCUCAGAAACAAGAUCGUCUUCGCCUCUUGGGACGUUGAUGAGCUCAAGGGUCGCAAGAAUGAAAUCGUCGGUUUCCGGCCGGGAGCUGGCGAGCUCGACAUCGGCUACCAAGGAUUCCCUCGGUUUAUGGCUGGGCAGCCUUUGCCCGGCACCUAGUAGGCGACCGGUACUCUGUAUGUGUAGUCGCCAUCGCAGGCUGAAGGGACUGUGCUUGCGCAGCGUGACUAAACCAGUACAUGAAGUAUUUUCACAGGGGAGAACGAGCGCGAAGGCGCCAUGAAAGGAAUGCCAGAAUUAUGUUGCUCAGUUGAGCAUAGCUUUUAAAUGAUAAAGAUAGAAGACG